UGGAUGCCAUGGAGUUCCACGAGGGAGGCCCUGACGGAGACGACUAUGGUGGGAGUUUCGCGAACGAUCUCUCGCUGCUGCGCAAAGUUAAACUUGCACAGUGUUGAGCUCCGAUUUUUGUGCUUGAGCUCAGUCCUUGGUUGCUGAACCUUUUUCGGUCGGGGUUUCAGAUUGAGGAUUGGUGAUGUGUGGCGGCCUGGAGGGCGUGCAAGGGUUCUAAUAUCAUAAAUAAGGGGAGAGGAGGAGAAGGAGGAGGAGGCUUUGAGCAAUGUCGGCUCGAGCGGCAACAAGCUCUCGGAUGCCGUUCAGCAUAGGCAGUACAACUGUUCCCGUCCGCAUUUUCCCGCACAAUUUUAUUAGCUUUAGCCAAGUUAAGUAUGGCUGCAGAGUUGCCUUUGAGGAUUCAGCGAAGCUCAGGCAGCGUGGGAGUGGUGGAUUUUGCUUUACGCCCCUUUCUCCGUCGUGUAGAAUUCGGGGUCGCAGCAGCAGCUCUAACCCGAAAAGAAGUCAAUCUAGGCGAGUGAGAGACCGUCCACUUUCAGAAGUAAGUAAUCGUACUGGUGAAGAUGGCAGAGACAAUCCAGCUACAGUACAGGAUCCUCAAACAUUAUCCAGUGGAGCAGAACUUUCUCCACCAGGGGAUGGGGGUAGACUUUAUGCUCAAGGAGGUGGUGCUUCAACUGCUGCCUCGAAUGCCGAGGGGCAGGAAUCAGAUGGAAACAGGACAUCAAGUGAAGGUCCGUUUGAGAAAUGGUUUGCAGAGGAUGCCAGCUUCAACUGCAAACAGAGAGAGUACAGGCGUUUCUGUGAAUGAUCUUAUGCUCUUGGUGAAGGAAGCAGAAACAAAUAUCAGGACACUUAGCCAGCUGCGUGAGCGCGCUGUUAAUGAAUUACAAACAGCACGUAAUGAAAAGGAAGAACUUCAGUCGCAAGUUCAGAUUUUGAAGGCACGUCUUGCGGAGUCAGAAGCCAAACUGAAAUAUACUGUUCAAGCUAGGGAGAGGACCCAGCUGUUGGAAGAGGAGGUUGAAGCACUGAGGCAGGGACUUGCUCAGACUGAAGUAGAUAGCCAAGCAUUCGCAACGCUGAAGGAGGAAAAUAGAGUGAUGAAAGAAAGCUUGACUGCUCUUAAACAAGCUGGUGGUAAUGGUCUACUAGAAGCAAAAUAUCAAAGCUCAUUAGAUGAGGUAAAUUCUUUGAGGGUACAACUUGCAGAUGCACAGGCAGAGAUAACGAAGUUUUCCAGGGGAACCGGACGGGAAAGGGCAGGAUUACAAGAGUACAUAGUGGGAUUAGAAAAAAAAAUAGCUGAUAUGGAAAAACAAUUAGCUGAAGCGAAUGCUAAUAGCGCAGAGCUUAAAUCUUUGGAAGAUGAAAGCAUGGCGUUACAAGAAGAGGCAGCUGCUCUGCGAGCUCAGUUGGCUGGUCGAUCAGACAGCUCUUCAUCUUCUGAAGAUCAAACGCUCCAACGCCAAGUGGAUUCACUUAAGUCCUUGCUUGCUCGAGCCGUAGCUGAAAAGAAUGCUCUUUUAGAUCUGCGUAGCGAGAAUCUUCGGCUGCGUGAACAAGUGAAACUUUUGGAAGAGCGCAUACGGGAAUCAGAUGCUGAAAUUCAAGCACAAUUGCAAAUCUACACAGCAGAAGUCGAAGCUUUCCAGGCCUCUUUGAACGAUCUAAAGUCUGAAAAUGAGACCUCUGUGGUGCAAGUUCCUGUUGAUGAAAUGACAUGGGACUUUUGGAGCGAGCUGCUGCUGCGCAUCGACGCGUUGAUGUUGGGUGACUUGCUAACCCAGGAAGAUGCAAAGGAGCUGCACUUGAUGGCUUGGCGUAGAGAAAAACGAUUGUGCGAUGUGUAUGUUAAUCUUGCAGACGAGCCUGACGAAGACCUGGUGGGUGCUUUCCAGGAGCUUUUACAACCUAAGAAAAGGCCAGGAAUAUAUGUGAUACACAUUGCUGCUGAAAUGGCCCCAGUUGCUAAGGUUGGAGGUUUGGGAGACGUGCUAACAGGAUUAAGUCGAUCCUUACAAAGAAAGGGGCAUCUUGUGGAAGCUAUUCUUCCGAAGUAUGAUUGUAUGGACUACUCUCGCAUCUCUAAUCUCAAGGAGUUGGACUUGGAGCUCCAUUCGUCCUUCGAUGGCCAAACACACAAGAAUAAAGUGUGGUCUGGGAUUGUGGAAGGGCUUCCUGUGUAUUUUAUUGAGCCACUACAUCCAGCGAAAUUUUUCUGGAGAGGGCAGUUUUACAGUGAACCUGACGAUUUCAGGCGGUUCACUUACUUUUGCCGAGCUGCAAUGGAGUUUUUAUUGCAAUCUGGAAAGAGACCAGAUAUAAUUCACAGUCAUGAUUGGCAAACUGCUGUAGUGGCCCCUUUGUACUGGGAUGUUUUUGUGCCACUUGGGCUGGACUCUGCUAGGUUGGCAUUCACUUGCCAUAAUUUUGAGUAUCAAGGAGCUGAGAAUUCUGGAGCAAUCGCUGCAUGUGGUCUGUCUCCACAGACCCUGAUGCGUCCUGAUCGAAUGCAAGAUAAUUCCCAUCACAACAAAAUCAAUCUACUUAAGGGAGGAGUUGUUUUCUCCAACGUUGUGACUACUGUGUCCCCCACAUAUGCUCAAGAGGUGCUACGACCAGAGGGUGGAAAAGGCUUGCAUGGAACAUUGGGUGUACACUCAAAGAAGUUUUUUGGAGUUCUAAACGGAAUUGAUCAAGAAGUGUGGGAUCCAGCCACAGACACUCUAAUUGAUUGCCAAUAUAGCGCGCAUGAUAUAGAUGGAAAGUUUGUCAACAAGCAAAGGCUGCGGGAGCGCUUGGGGCUAGCUAGUGAAGGCGAGGAUGAAAGAAGGCCAUUGGUUGGAUGUGUGACAAGGCUUGUCCCACAAAAAGGUGUGCAUCUCAUUAGACACGCCAUCUACCGCACGUUAGAGAAAGGUGGUCAAUUUAUAUUGUUGGGAUCUAGUCCCGUUCCUCACAUUCAGCAUGAGUUUGAGGGUAUUGCUCGUCAGUUCGAAAACCACCCCCAAAUCCGCCUUGUUCUGAAGUACGAUGAGGCUCUCUCACAUGCCAUAUAUGCGGCAUCUGAUAUCUUUGUGAUUCCAUCUAUAUUUGAGCCCUGCGGUCUUACACAGAUGAUAUCUAUGCGCUAUGGAACAAUACCUGUGGUGCGGAGGACUGGUGGGCUUGCAGAUAGUGUGUUUGAUGUCGACGAUGAAAGGAAUCCCGAGGAGAAAAAGAACGGAUUUGUAUUUGACGAUGCAAACGAAGGGAGUCUGAACUGGGGAUUGGAUCGGGCGCUGGAUUAUUAUUCGCAAAGACCUGAAUGGUGGCAAGAUUUAGUUAAAAAGGCUAUGCUCAUUGACUUCAGUUGGGAUACUUCAGCCGACCAGUAUGUAGAUCUGUACAAGCAAGUGCUUUCGAAGGCCAAUGCUUGACAAUGCAGUUAAGAUUCAUUUUUUUCCAUCUCAAUACUGUAUUUAGAUAAUAAUCAAUGAAGACGUAUUGCAUUGAUAAGAGAUACCUAGGUUACACUACAUAAACACAUUCCAAUACCAUUUUGUGUUAAGUAGGAGUACGUGGAGGAAACGCAAUGUACACAGCACUACCAGUAAUCUAUCUUUUAAUGCCUUGCGUAUCUUCUUUCAAA